AUGGCUCUGAAGGCCUUUUCAUCCGUCAUACUUCUCUCGCUAGUUACAAAGCAUGUCUACGCUGAAGACGUCCCUUUCUCGCCUUGUCCACUCUUGGGACCGCGCUUUCCGAUUCCUACACAGCUCUCAGCAUCACCAAUACUCCAAUCAGGACUAAAGAACUUGACAGACGCCUUUGACGACUACGUGACCAGCUUAAAUGGAACCUUCGGGCCGACAUCCUCCAGCACAUCUUUCAGUGUCGCUCUCUUUUCGACCGAAGAUACAGAUUCCACGCAACCGUUCUUGUACGAGUAUCAUCACACGGCACCUUCCUUUGCAAAUGAGACUUCCGGUACAUUAGAAGUCGACGCAGAUACUGUCUAUCAGAUCGGUGACUCGACGACGCUGUUCACGACAUGGCUUUUUCUCAUAGAGGCUGGAGAACAACACUGGACUGAUCCCGUCAGUAGAUGGGUCCCAGAACUCCUAGAUGCUGCGAACGGCACGGCCUCUGGUAUAUCAGUCGAUUGGGACGACGUAACUCUCGGAGAUCUCGCUGCGCAUCUGGGAGGCAUCGGGCGAUACGCUCCAUCCAACAUGACUGGCGAAAUUGAGUCCUUGCUCAACGGCUUGACGAAUGCGACCAUUACAGCUCCUUGCGACUCUAUCUCAGCAGCUUGCGAACGCGCAGACUUCCUGUCGUACUUUGGCCGCCGCGCCCCGGUCUUCGCAGCCGGAACAACUCCAAUAUUUUCCAACGCCGGUUUCAUCAUCCUGGCCUACGCUCUAGAAUCCAUAACCGGCCAGCCAUACGAGUCAAUCCUCGAGAGCUCCAUCAUCCAACCAUUGAACCUCUCGCGAACAACGUAUCUCCAACCAUCGACGCAGAACAGUACCGCUCUAACGUACCCCUCGCAAAGCGCUUCUCUCAACGCAAUCGAAGGUCCGUACAACGGGCUUACAUCCUCCGCGCACGAUAUGUCCACCGCCCUCCGCGCCGUCCUCGCCUCCACACUCCUCCCUCCAUCGACCACACGCCGCUGGCUCAAACCUGUUUCGCACACAUCCAACCUUGUCAACUCCGUGGGUCGCCCCUGGGAGAUCUAUUCUCUGUCCGAUACGCCGAUCUCCCCCGUGAUACCAGUCUAUCAAGUCCGCGGCAACGUAGGCUUGUACGCCUCUCACAUCGGCCUGGUACCAGAUUACAACAUGGGAUUUGUUAUCCUGGCUGCGGAUAGCGAGGGAAGCCCAGAUCUAAAUGCGCAUGCGGAUAUUAUUGCUACGGAGCUGAUACCUGCACUGGAGCAGAGUGCGAUUGUAGAGGCAUCGACGGCGUACGCUGGGACUUAUGUUUCUGAUUCUAACAUGACGCUGGUUGUUGCGCAGGCGACUGAUAGCAGCCCAGGGCUCUCUGUGUCACACUUCCGUUUGGGGGAUAAGGAUAUAAGAGCAGCGUAUGCUGAGCUGAAUAGUAUCGACCCGGAGAAUCUGAGCUUUCGGCUAUAUCCGACGAAUGUGGGCGGCGACGGGAAGCAGAUGGUAUUCAGAGCGAGCUUCCAGGACGUUAGCGCGCUGGCAGAUGCUGGGACACCGACUUGCGAUACGUGGAGAUACAUUGAUCAGUUCCAGUUGCACGGAGUUAGCUUGGACGAGUUUGUGUUCGAGAUUAAGGGUGGGAAGGCUGUUGGCGUAACGGUUCCGGCGUUCAACGCUACGCUCUUGAAGCAAGGGGAGAGGGUGAUGUGA